AUGGGAAGCGGGUCGAGCAAAAAUAAUAAGCAAAAACAAUCAGUUAAGGUAAAAAUUCCUAAGUUUCAGGUUGCAGAUCUGCGAGCUCCAGUUGCUUAUCCACAGAUGCCGAUUCCAAGUGCUCCACCUUUAGAUACAGAACAAGAUGAACUGCUUAGGAAUGCUUCUCCUCAAAAGGAGCCUACUAUACCUAGAUCGCAGCAAAUUCCUCAACCAAAAAACUCAAAUGAAAAUGAAGACCCUGAUAUUUUAUUUGAUGAAAAUCCUGAAGUACAAGAAAUUCAAGGAAAUCAGCUUCAUAAUUAUUUUAAAAAAAUAAUAGUUCAUAUAGAAAAUCACUACUUAAGUCAAAAAAAAUAUAAAAUAUGGCCUUUUUUUCCUUCUAAAUUUAAUAAUACCCCAAUCAGCCAACUGAUUUAUCAUCAGUCCCACAAUUUUCUUCCCAAUCCUGCACUUUGCAAGGCAAAUGGAGCUAUCAUAUGGAAUUAUCUGAGAUUUAUUUCCCAGAAUCUAUCAGCAAUUAUAUAGAAAAAGAUUUCAUUUUACUCCUCCCUUCCAUGAGCGAACAAAAGAAUCUUGUUUGCUCACGGAGGUGGUUAAUUUUUUUUAAAAAAAUUUAUAUAUAAAAAUUUAUAAAAAAAUCAUGAUUCGCAAAAAUUGGAAAGCAAAUAUUUAUUUAAUUAUACAAUUUAUAUUUUAAAACUCAAUUUGUUUAAAUUUAAACAGAAUUAGCUUGAGAUUUCAUUUUAAUCAUUAUCACUUAUAUCUAGCUCACGGAGGGUGGGUUUUUGAACAAAAAAUAGGGAUUUUCUAAUGGUUUUGUUCGCUCACAGAGGGGGGAGUUAGGAAAUAUAAGAAGUAAAUUUGAGUUCUCAGGAAGCCAAGCUGAAAUUAUAUUUCAAGAGUCCUUAAUGACUCUAAAUGGCAUAUCCGGAGAAAAAUUGAUUUAUCCAAUAAGUAGGUCAAGUUCUAAUAAAGAAAAAUAUUGGUGAUAUGCUAAUGACCAAUCUGCAAGGCCCAUAAUUAAAGAAAUUGAAGAAAUUUUAAACUCCACAGAAUGGAUUUUUAUUUAUAGUUUAGAUGGAGUAGUCUAUCAAAUUAAUCUGCAUAAAAAAUCCAUGAUUGAGAUGAAAACUGGGCUAGUAAGAAACUUAGUUAUAGCAUAA